CUACACUUGAAACGCAUAUGCGUCUCGGCCCAUGCAGAAACGCAUGCCCAUGCAGAAACGCAUAGUACCCCGGGUUGCUUGAAAUCGCCUCGGGGGCUGAAUCGAGACUAGGGAAGUUGCAAAUAUGGCGGGGUUAUCUGUUUGGGAUUAUGUGGUUUUCGGUGUGAUGCUAAUUUCUUCCAGUAUUAUUGGAAUUUAUUAUGGCUGCAAAGCGAAGGGAAGAUCGACCAAGGAAUACCUGAUUGCUGGUGGCUCAAUGCACUGGUUCCCGAUUUCUAUGUCACUUCUUGCCUCGUUUUUCUCUGCAGUGGGUUUGAUGGGGAUCCCAGCCGAAGUUUACACAUACGGAGUCAGUUUUAUAUUCCAUGUGAUUGGCUUUACAACAACUAUGAUACUAGCAGCUCAUGUAUAUGCACCCAUCUUCUACAAAAGCCGUAUUACAAGUGCAAAUGAGUAUCUGGAGAUGCGAUUUUCAUCUGGUGUGAGACUUCUUGGAUGUAUCCUGCUUAUACUGCAAUAUGUGCUUUAUUUAUCUGUUGUGCUGUUUGCACCAAGUUUGGCACUUGAAGCUGUUGCUGGGGUUCCGCUGGCUACAUCUGUUUUAGCAACUGGACUUGUCUGCACGUUCUAUACAACAUUGGGUGGCAUGAAAGCUGUCAUAUGGACUGACGUGCUGCAAGCAGCCAUAAUGACUGUUGGCAUGGUUACUGUCAUUGUAUUUGGAGUGAGUGAAGUUGGAGGUUUAGGUAAUGUGAUGGAAAUUGCUGCUCGUGGAAAAAGGACUGUGCUGAACUGGGACCCAGACCCCACUGUUCGCAGCACUGUCUGGACAUAUGGUAUCGGUGGCAUGUUUGCACUGCUGCAGAACUGGACAACCUCUCAAGUCUCUGUGCAAAGAUUCCUGUCUGCUGCUUCGUUGCAGCAUGUAAAAAAGGCGCUUUACAUAAACAUCAUUUACCUGAUAAUCGCGGCCUUCAUAUGCUGCUCUGCCGGACUGGUGGCCUUUGCUGUGUUUGCAGAUUGCGACCCUCGCAGUGCCCGACUGAUUGCAAGCAAUGAUCAGGUAAUUCCAUAUUAUGUUGUAAGCAGACUGGGUCGUUUUCCUGGUGUAUCAGGACUCUUCAUGGCUUGUUUACUGAGCGGAGCCUUGAGCACCCUUUCUUCUGGACUAAAUUCUCUUGCUGCUGUUACUUUGGAAGACAUCGUGAAAAGAAUCAAGCCAGAUAUCAAGGACGGGACAGCCACGUUAGUCACAAAAGUUGCAGCUUGUAUGUAUGGCGUCCUUGUGGUGUGCAUGACAUUUGCCAUGUCCUAUGCCGGGACAAUGGUCCUACAGCUUGCUGUUACAAUUUUUGGAGUACUGGCUUCUCCGCAAUUCGCAAUGUUCACACUUGGAAUGCUUAUACCAAGAGCGACAUCUGUGGGUGCCUAUGUGGGUACAGCCACUGGAGCAUUGUCAACAGCUUGGUUGGCAGGUGGGGCUUUGAUUUUUCGUCCGGACAAAAAGCCACUGCCGGUUUCUGUUUAUAAAUGCUGGAGCAAUUCAACAAUGGGCAACUUUACCACUUGGGAGUCAGGCAUCGUGCAAAAUAAAAUGAUGUUAAACAGCUCUCCUACUGCAAAGUUCCACGCCAUUUCAUACAUGUAUUACAGUGUUUUUGGCAUCAUUGUAACCUUCGGUGUUGGACUCCUUGUCACAUUGUUAUGCAGCCACGGAGAUCCAGAAAAGAUAAAUCCAGAUUUGUUGUAUGAUUACAAAUCAGCCCUUCGUUCUUGUCUGCCCAAAUGUUGCAGACGAGAAAAGAAACGGGACUUUUACGAUUCAGAACUUGAAAUGGAGCAUUUUGCAAAGAUGUGAGGCCUAGAGGACAGAAGUUAACACGGGUACUAUCUUAUUUUUAUGGUUUGUAAUAUUUUGGUAUGGGGUUGACCUGGGAUGUAAUAUUUUUAUAUUUAGUUCAUCUGGGAUGUAAUUUUUUCAUAUUAAGUUCAUCUAGGAUUUCGGUUUUGCAUAUUCACUAACAGGAAUUUUAAAAUGCAAAAUUUUAUCUUUUUGAAUAGAUUUGUCAGCUACUUUUUUCUAAAAUGCUUAAUGUCGUUUGUAGGAGAUAUUUAGCGUGUAGAAACAUUUUAUCGCUUUUGAAACAAUUAAACAAUAAAGUUAAUGUAGCAUUUUUUUCUAGAGUUUUAUUUAUUAAUAUUUUACUUAUUACUUGUUGAAUAAAAAUAAAUUUUUUGAAGGCUUUCAACCAAAAAACAAUGUAUUGAGGACUGUGAUGAUUUUUCUUUAGAAAUCUCUCCUGAUAAUUUCACAUUUAUUGAAGAAAAUCCUUAUAUUUUUCAUUGAAAUAUGCUUUUGAGCAUGGGCAUACUAUAGUUACCUUUCGUUGAAAAAACUUAGUUCCCCCAGAAUUUAGGUACCCCAAGCAAAAAUUGUUUCAUUUUUCUUUUAAGCUGGCAUUCUGGAUGCGAUAAACGAGUUGAAGGGGCCCCAAGCCUGUAUGA